AUGUCGGACUACAGCACGGGAGGACCCCCGCCCGGGCCGCCGCCGCCCGCAGGCGGGGGCGGGGGGUCCGGGGGAGCCGGUGGCGCCGGGGGAGGCCCUCCACCGGGCCCGCCGGGCGCGGGGGACCGCGGCGGCGGCGGUGGCCCAGGCGGCGGCGGCCCGGGCGGGGGGUCGGCUGGUGGUCCCUCUCAGCCCCCUGGCGGGGGCGGCCCUGGGAUCCGCAAGGACGCCUUCGCCGACGCCGUGCAGCGGGCCCGCCAGAUUGCAGCCAAAAUUGGAGGCGACGCUGCUACAACAGUGAAUAACAGCACUCCUGAUUUUGGUUUUGGGGGCCAAAAGCGGCAAUUGGAAGAUGGAGACCAACCGGAGAGCAAGAAACUGGCUUCUCAGGGAGACUCCAUCAGUUCUCAACUUGGACCCAUCCAUCCUCCUCCCAGGACUUCAAUGACAGAGGAGUACAGGGUCCCAGACGGCAUGGUGGGACUAAUCAUUGGCAGAGGAGGCGAGCAGAUUAACAAAAUUCAGCAGGAUUCGGGCUGCAAAGUCCAGAUCUCGCCAGACAGUGGUGGCCUCCCUGAGCGCAGUGUGUCCUUAACAGGAGCCCCAGAGUCUGUCCAGAAAGCAAAGAUGAUGCUGGAUGACAUCGUCUCUCGGGGUCGUGGGGGCCCCCCAGGACAGUUCCAUGACAACGCCAAUGGGGGCCAGAACGGCACGGUGCAGGAGAUCAUGAUCCCUGCAGGAAAGGCCGGCCUGGUCAUCGGCAAGGGUGGGGAGACCAUUAAGCAGCUGCAGGAACGAGCUGGAGUGAAGAUGAUUUUAAUUCAAGAUGGUUCCCAGAACACAAACGUGGACAAACCUCUUCGGAUCAUUGGGGAUCCUUAUAAAGUGCAGCAAGCUUGCGAGAUGGUGAUGGACAUCCUCCGAGAGCGUGACCAGGGCGGAUUUGGGGACCGGAAUGAGUAUGGGUCCCGGAUUGGUGGGGGCAUUGAUGUGCCAGUGCCCAGGCAUUCUGUUGGCGUGGUCAUCGGCCGGAGCGGAGAGAUGAUCAAAAAGAUCCAGAAUGAUGCUGGUGUACGGAUCCAGUUUAAACAAGAUGAUGGGACAGGUCCUGAGAAGAUAGCUCACAUAAUGGGGCCCCCAGACCGAUGCGAGCACGCAGCCCGGAUUAUCAAUGACCUCCUCCAGAGCCUCCGGAGUGGUCCCCCAGGCCCACCAGGGGGUCCUGGCAUGCCCCCUGGGGGCAGGGGCCGAGGAAGGGGCCAAGGCAGCUGGGGCCCUCCUGGCGGGGAGAUGACCUUCUCCAUCCCCACUCACAAGUGCGGGCUGGUCAUCGGACGGGGUGGUGAGAAUGUGAAAGCCAUAAACCAGCAGACGGGCGCCUUUGUAGAGAUCUCCCGGCAGCUGCCGCCCAAUGGAGACCCCAACUUCAAACUGUUCAUCAUCCGGGGCUCACCCCAGCAGAUUGACCAUGCCAAACAGCUCAUUGAGGAGAAGAUUGAGGGUCCCCUCUGCCCAGUCGGACCAGGCCCGGGGGGACCAGGCCCUGCUGGACCCAUGGGGCCCUUCAAUCCCGGGCCCUUCAAUCAGGGGCCACCGGGAGCUCCCCCUCAUGCUGGGGGCCCCCCUCCUCACCAGUACCCACCCCAGGGCUGGGGUAAUACCUACCCCCAGUGGCAACCACCUGCUCCUCAUGACCCGAGUAAAGCUGCCGCGGCCGCCGCAGACCCCAAUGCAGCCUGGGCCGCCUACUAUUCACACUACUACCAGCAGCCCCCAGGCCCCGUGCCUGGCCCCGCACCGGCCCCCGCAGCCCCACCCUCGCAGGGCGAGCCCCCGCAGCCCCCACCCGCCGGCCAGUCAGACUAUACUAAGGCCUGGGAAGAGUAUUACAAAAAGAUCGGCCAGCAGCCCCAGCAGCCUGGAGCUCCCCCGCAGCAGGACUACACGAAAGCCUGGGAGGAGUACUACAAGAAGCAGGCUCAAGUGGCCACGGGUGGGGGUCCAGGAGCACCCCCAGGCUCCCAGCCAGACUACAGCGCCGCUUGGGCUGAAUAUUACAGACAGCAAGCCGCUUACUACGGACAGACUCCAGGUCCUGGCGGCCCCCAGCCUCCACCCACACAGCAGGGACAGCAGCAGGCAAGUGGGAAUUGCCACCCUCCUCCUCCUCCUUUUUCUUUCCAACCCCCGGCCACCGUCCAUCCUGCCUUAGUGGGUAGCGCCGGAAAUCCCUUCCCCUGCGGGGUGUGUCCUUGAUGCCUGCAGCGGGGGCCAUGUGGCCGGAGGUCUCCGGGAGUCCCCAGGAGCCGGGGGAAGUGUGCGCUGGGUCCAGAGGUUAAAGAAGAGGCCUCCCUCCGCCGGCCCGCUUGUUCCUGUGUAACGCUGUCUGUCGUGAUGCUGGGGGAGAGCGCGAGACAGAUAAAAGGUGGAACUGUUGAACUGGUGGGUAGUCCUGGGGGUGGGGCAGGCCAGCCGGCCGCUGAAACGUUGGGCACCAUCCUGGCUGCUAACUCAGAAUCUGGCCACUUGGGAAGAAAACGGAUCAUUUUUCCCUUCUCUGCAUUACUUUUUUGGUUUUUGUUCUUUUUGUUUUAUUUUUAAGCCCACGAUCUUUCCCCAUCCCGGUGUCCAAGUGACUGUGUAGGCGGCCCCAGCACGGGGCGGCCCUGGCUCCGGUGGGGACUCGGGGAGCCUGCCAAGGGGACGGCCCUGGGGCCCCCCACCCACUCCGCCUGGGCUGGGCCUCUGCUCUGGCGCCCGUCUCUGUGUCCCAGUCUUGUCUGUGAAGUGGGCAUGACGAUCGCUGCCACCUUCCAACCUACCUCACAGGGGUGUUGUGGGGACACCGUGAUCUCUGAGAUUGUUCAUGUUGUGAUGCGCCGGGAGCCGCCUACCUUCCCCUCCAAACCCCGAAUUGGCUUCUCUCUCUCUCUCUCUCUCUCUGUCUCUGCUCUGCGGCCCCUGCUUCUCUCCUCCUCGCUUUUGUGUCCCUCUUUCUCCUCUUCCAUCAAGGAGCCAGUCUGACUUCAGCCGAGUCCCUGGAGCACUUGACUAGACAGUUACAGACACGUCCUGCUGGCCACCCACCGGCUAGGGAGAGGGGCUUCCUGGCCCCCUCCUUGCCAGCUCCCCGUCUCCCGCCCCUGCCUCCCCUCCUCGUAGUGACCAAUUCCUAUCUCUUCCCUCUCCGCAGGCUCAAUGAAUCGAAUGAAUGUGAACUUCUUCAUCUGUGAAAAUUCUAUUAUUUUUUUUUCAUUUUGUUUUGUUUGGGGGCUUUGUUUUGUUUUGGUUUUUUUCUGUUUGUUUGGUGAGAAAGCGAUGGCUACCAUUGGGGGGGUGUGCAGGGGAGCCCUCUCUGUGAGUGGCUCGGAGGUCAGUGCCCGGCUCUUGCUCUUUCACGUAUUGUGUGUGUCUCACAUGCUCUUUUUUUUCCUUUCAAAAUUGGGAUCCUUCAUGUUGAGCCAGCCAUAGAAGAUAGCGAGAACUAAAUCUCUGCCAAAAAAUAAAAUUUUUUUAAGAUAAACACAAAAAGCAAAACAAAACCUAUAAAAUUAUAUAUAUAUAUAAAAAAAUCUCUAUACCACCUCCCCUCAGCCUUCCUGAAACUGCCUCUUUCAGGGGAAAGCGAUUCAUUUUCUCCCUACCACCCUUGGCCCUCUUCAUGUUUUUAAAAUAAACGUUUAAAAAGGAAAAAAAGUCACUCUUGCUAUCUCUUUUUUUUAGUUAGAGUUGGAACAUUCCUUGGACCAGGUGUUGAUAUUGUGGGACCCCCCCCCCAAUCAGUCCAGCCCCUCAGCCUCUCUGCUCCUCCUCUCGCUCCUCCUUCCGUCCUAGCUUGGCUUCCCUCUGGCCCCUCCCGUGCCCCCACUCCCAGGACUGGUCUGUCGUGUUUCAUCUGUUCAAGAGGACAUUGAAACUGAAAACAAAUUGAGAACAAAACAAAAAAAUUGUAUGGCAGUUUUUACUUUUUAUCGCUCGUUUUUAACUUCACAAAUAAAUGAUAACAAAACCUC